AUGGCCUGGCCAGCUGGCGUUCACAGUGCCGCAAUCUCGCAAGCCCGUCCACGACUGCUGUCCAAUGUGGUGCUCAGACAAGAUCACUCCGCCACUGGUGGGAUACACCCUUACCAUGCGGCGAUUUGGCAUGGUAGCAACGUUCCUCAGGCGGUUGGUCAGGCGCUGCAAAUUGCUGCCGGCCCAUCACACGGAUGGGGUGCCAGCAGCAUUUUGAUGCCGACAAAAUACAUGGAUGGACAAUCUUUAUCACCGAAAGACAUCGAUGCGAUUGCAGUGACAAGAGGUCCAGGGAUGAUGGCCUCCCUAUCGAACGGUAUGGUUGCUGCCAAAACACUUGCGAGCGUGUGGAAUAAGCCCCUGAUCUACGUUCAUCACAUGGCUGCACACGCUCUCACACCCUUCUUCACCGAGGAAUCCCCGCCAGCUUUCCCGUUCCUGACACUGCUUGUCUCUGGCGGGCACACCAUGCUGGUUCUGGCCGAGUCAGUGCAGAAGUACCAAAUCCUCGCAACGACGAGCGACGACUCGAUCGGAGACGCAUUUGACAAGGCAGCGCGAGAUAUGGGCAUACCUUGGGGCGGUAACACAGCACAUAGCAAUCCGGGUGCCGCACUGGAAGCCUUUGCAGCUGCCGCAGACAUUACGACGGUGCAGGAGCUUAAAGAGCAUCUCAGAAAGCAAAAGAAUAUUGCCUUACCUAGUGCGAUGCGUGGCCAACUUGCAUUUUCUUACUCCGGCUUGAAGGCGACUGUGACACGGGCAGUACAGGCGCUCCCGAGCGAUGUCAAGACGCGCCGAGCGCUUGCUCAUCUUUUCCAAGAAGCAGCUGUCGCUCAGAUAUCAGAAAAGCUGCGUCUAGUGCUGCAACGCACCCUCGACUUGCCGAUCAAAGACGUGGUAUGCUCCGGUGGGGUAGCAAGCAACUCCUUCCUGCGGCAGCACCUUCGCGACACGCUCGACGCCGCUGGCAAAGAAGGCACGCGCCUGCUGUUCCCACCGCUCGAAUUCUGCACAGACAACGCUGCGAUGAUCGCGCACACUGGCUUGCUGUUCUACGAGCAGAGGACACACGAUCUGAGCAUACAGCCCGUGGCAAAAUGGAACCUGGAAGAUCUUUGA